UCGCUUUGGGCUGCGGCCCUUGAGUCGGGAUCGGAGGCGGGAUUUCCGCCCUUUCGCGUGUCACGUCUGUCGGGAGAGGCGGAAGCGCAGCGGGGGCGGGAGGGAUGUAGUGUGACUCUCUGGGCUCAGUUCGUGGGUCUCUAAGUGGUUCCGUCCUCCUGAAGGCAGCGAUCCGACGGCAGGGCCGUCCCGGGCGCCCUAGCGUUCCCGGUGAUUGUAAAGUGUUGACCAGUUGCCACUGAACAUAACAAAAAGAAAAUAGGAAAAUGGCUGCAAAUGCUUCAGGACAAGGUUUUCAGAAUAAAAAUAGAGUUGCAAUCUUGGCUGAACUGGACAAAGAGAAAAGAAAAUUACUCCUGCAGAAUCAAUCCUCAGCAAAUCAUCCUGGAGCUAGCAUUGCCCUCUCGAGACCCUCUCUGCAUAAGGAUUUCCGGGAUCACGCUGAGCAGCAGCAUAUUGCAGCCCAGCAGAAGGCAGCUUUACAGCAUGCCCAUGCACAUUCAUCCGGAUACUUCAUAACUCAGGACUCUGCAUUUGGGAACCUUAUUCUUCCAGUUUUACCUCGUCUUGACCCAGAAUAAAGGGAAUAUUUGUAACGAAAGGGACUUUGUAAUUUCAAAUGCCAAAGCUACUCCCCAUUCAGUGCUUACAAACUGUGACUUUCAGAAUUUUGGUGAACUUUUAUAUUUUUUGUUUUUUUUUUAAGAGAAAGGUAUAUGCAAGUAAAAGGGGGUAAACAGGAUAAUGAGAACAUUGGAAUCUGUAUCAGCUGAGGAAAUGACUGCUACCUGUGACUGUAGCUCUUUUGUAAUGCAGUUUGAUUGCAACUCUAAAUCAGAUGCUGAAUUGGAUAGUCACACAAACUCACCCCCUGCCCCCUCGUGUGGCCAUGAGGAUGUCGUGUCCACAAUGGACCGUCAAGAAUCAUAUAUAGUACUUAACUUUAAAGAAGUGAGGGUUUGUUCAAAAAAUGUGAGCCAAUAAGCUUAAGUCACAUUCAUACUUGCUGUUUAUGGAUUAAUGUCUGUGUACUUUUGAAUUUAUAGUCAAACAUAUCAUCCUGAAAUAAUCUUUGUGAACUCAUAACUUGUUCCCCUAUUCUCAAUUUUAAAAGAAAACCCAAGAUAAGACUAAAUCACCAGUCUUAAACAGCUUUUGUAAAUACAUGCCGUUAUAAAUGAUGUGACUAAAUGUUAUGAAAAACAAUUGUAAGAAAUGUGGUGGUUUUAAAAUUUGUACAUGCUCUUAUUCAGUGUUGCUACUAAAUAGUGUGCCUACGUGGUCUUAUAUAAUUUGAUUCUAAUUAAAAACUUACGCAAGUUGGACCCCUUUUUAAUUACUUGAAAUAGGAAGGAGUUAGGUUAAGGAAGUUUCUCAACAUGAACCAUCUCUAAGAGCGUAUGGGAUGCUUAUUUAAAUAUGUAGAUUCUGGACCCUAAUCUUGUCCUACAGAAUUAGAAUCUCUGAUGUAAAAUAAAGUUUGAAACCAUGGGUUAGAGAGUUGUAUAACAUACCUUGUACAAAAAUUUCAUAAUACAUAUAUAAAAUCAGAUUUGUAGACACCUGAAACUUACAGGUCACUUAGUUAUCAGCUGCCUCAUUCUACCCACCCCUCUUCCCUUCCAGCUACUUCCCCUCUUUCUCAAGCUCCUGCUUUUUUUGGCCAGGAGCAGACUACUACUAAAAAUCUACUUUUUUUUUGCUUCUAAUAGGAUUGAAAUUAUAUUUUACACUACAUCCCACAUACAGUAUUUUAUAUAAUUUUUCAUAACUGAUAUCGGCCUUGAGUCCCCAUACUUUCUGAUAGUGGGACAAAAUUGAAACUUAAAACUUCCAGUCUGGGUCAAUAUUUAGUCAAAUUUCAACUCUCUUUUCAAAGAGUUUCUUCUUUCCCCUCCUUCCUUGGAUAUUUGUACCAACCACACAGCCCCAUCUUACCCAAACUAACUGAAGCAAGGGUGAAAAUUCUAGAUGUGGCUCUGCCAGUUAGAUUCUUUCUCUUGAGAAUUUGAACUGAUUCCCUGCAUUUGGGCAAGUUAUAAUGGUCAUCUCGUUGUAACGGUCACCCCUUUGUAAUGGGCACCAUUACAGCAAAGGUGCCCUAAUUUCUGCUGCUGAGGAGCUCCCCAGGCACCUCUGGCUCCCAUCCUUCCUCAGGCCCAUCCAGCUAUUCUUGGGUCUUGCUAUAGUGAUCUCCAUUUCCUUGAAUUAAUUUUACUAAGUUUUUCUGUCACCUGUGAUCCAUGGCAGGUGGCUUGAUUCUAAAUCCAUAUACUGAUGCUAGGUAGAUAAAAAUUCUGGAUUGUAUAGUUUUUACACACACUAUGGAAACCUCUACCUAAUAUGUGACUUCUGUAACUCAGGUAAAGAGAGUUUUACCCUCUAUGGUAUCUUUUUCAAUCUCUUAGCCUUUUAAAUAGAUGUUCCCUAAUCUUGGAAUCCUGGCUAGUCUGUUGUGUUCCCACCCUCCUCCCAUUCUUUGAGUCACUUAAGUUCAAUUCCAUAUAUACUUACUAAAACCUACUCUGUAAAACACCAAGCUUUGGGGGCAAAACGAUGAGUGAGGCAGUCCCUGCUUUUAAGGAGGUCACAGUGGAGUGGGGCCUACUCUGGUACACAAGUCAUUAUGAAGCAAGCCAGGAUGCAGUAGGUGGCACGAGAGAGGCAUCCCGUAACAGAUAUAUAGAAGUAUAAUCAAGACUUUACUUGGCAAGGGAAGGAAGAGCUGCUCCAGGCAAAGUCAACACUUCACAAUCAAAGAGAAAUGAACUACUAAAACACUAGGGGUGCCGAGGAUACUGGAAAGGGCAGCAGUGGACUUAAGUCAGAAGCCCUGAGGUAAAAUCUCACCACUGCUUCCCUCGGAUUGUACGUGAUUUUAGGUAACUCACUUAGUCUCUCUUUGCAUGUCACUCCAUCUGUAAAAUGGGAAGAGCACACUGCUUACUUAACCGUCUACACCAGUAGCUUUCAAAUUGUAGGUCUCAAUCCAUUAGUGAGUUGAAAAGCUAACUGGAUGGUUUAAUGGAGGUAUAUAUAGCAUAUAUAUAUACUUUUUAAAUAAAACAGAAAACAUCAGAGUACAUUGCAGUAGUAAAAUGGUUUUGUUUCAUGAAUCUUCUGUUUCUGUUUGUGUGUGUACUUAAUUAUUUUGUUUGUUUGUUUGUUUUUUUUACUUUGUUCACUACUGUAUUUCAUUUAGAAUAGUAUUAUAGCAUAUAGUAGCUGUUCAAUAAAUACUUGUUUAAAGGAAGGAAUGAUAUGAACAUAUGUGACCUGGGUUAUGAUGUAAAAUUUUAUUUAUUUAUUUUUUACUGUGAGUCAUGACAAAAAAAUUUGAAAAUCACUGCUAAAUAAUAUAGAUGAGAGUGUUUUGUAGAGCUGUAAAGUACUUUGCAAAUAUGAGGCAGAGUAGUAUGACCUGGAAUAAGAACUGAAAUGACCCAGUAAUUUCAGAGACAAUUUUUUUUUUUUUCCUGAACAAUUUGAGUUGUCUUACUAAGUUGUCUCAGUUCUUUGAUUCACUUUGGCAAUAGAAACAGCCUUUAUAUGAUUUUUAAGGCUUGUUGAGGCAAGGGAUUUGGCAAAUAUGGUUACACUGAAUAGAGAGGGUCAACAGAACGAAUGAAUUCAUUCAUGCAGUUCAGUCACACUACUGGAACCCCAUCAGACAGCACAAGUCCUAUUUCAGCAGCAUUAAACUCAACCAGUUUUUCUUACUCACUUCCAUAUAUACAAUGACUGGUACACAGUAGACAUCGACACACAUUUUUUUUUUUUGUAAUAAGCAAAUAAUGAAGGUGGACUAUGAGGAGGAGGAGGAGAACACAGUCUCUGUCUUCAAGACUCAUGAUCUAGAGCAGCAAGACAAGCACACUAGUAACCAGGGCUUCCAACCGAUUCAAAGCCCUGCUAGUAACUAGUACUGGGUGCAACCUGAUGAGACUUGGGUACGUGAAUCUCCCAGUACUUUCAAGCGGCUUUCAAGAUGAGAGGAUUUCAGCCAGUAUACAUAGGAGAGCAGCAUUCAAAAUAAAAGGAAAGUGCACAAAACAGGGAGGAGAGCAGGAGUAGGAGCCACUGUGGGCAACCAAAAGUCUGGUUUGGCAGGAUCACAAAUUUGUCUGGGGAAUAAUUAGAAAUGAGGCUAAAGGUAGGCUGGAUUCAUAUUCUAGAGGGGGCUUAGCUCAGUACACAGCUGGGAAACCAUUGAACCUUUUUGAGCAGAGACAGGUGUACAGAGAAACCAGUUCUGCUCUCAUCAGCUCUUGGGAAAGGAACUUGUGAGGCACCAAACAGUAUUAAUCUCAAGUAAGAAUUCAGAGCCAUGGUGGUACAGUGGUUAAGUGCUACGGCUGUUAACAAAAAGGUCAGCAGUUCGAAUCUACCAGCUGCUCCUUGGAAAAUCUGUGGGGCAGUUCUCCUCUGUCAUAGUGUUGUUAGGAGUAGGCUUCGACUCCAUGGCUAUGGGUUCCUAGUGAGAAUUCAGAGAUAGGUGUGUUAUGUUUACAUCCACUCCUUGACUCCAGCCCCACCUACCUCUGUUACCUCCUCCAUUUAGUUCUUGGACCCUUCCCUCAAAUUCCUCUUUCUUCACCUUCCUCCUCUAUCUCCCUUUCUUCUCUUGAAUCUUGAUGUGCCUCUUCUUUUUCCCUCUUAGAGUUAUUUAGCGCUUCUGUUGAGAGACUGUUGUUGAUUCACUGAAAAUGGCCAAUGAUAAAAUGACAAUUGGAAUUUGAGCCAAAACUAUAUAUGCUGUCAUCCAGUUGUAGAAAUAGCAUGUCUGAAUGAUAUCAGUCCCUGGUCCAGAGAGAUGUCCUUAUUCUCUGUAGCUUUGGCCAAGCAAACCAGUCCAAGUCCAUCAAAUAGAAAAAGAUGACCCCAUAUGCUGGGCCCUUGCAUUUUGCCAGAAGAUGUUGAUGUUUUCUUAGCCCCUGCUGUCUGCCUUAGUGUUGGACAAAAGCAAUGUUGAAGAAAUCGUCCUUGGGUUCUUUUGAGACCUAAGGGCCUUUGCAUUUGCUGUUCCCUCUGCCUGGACUACUCCUCUUCCUUAUACCCAUGUAGCUUGUUCCCUCAACGGCUUCAAGUCUUUACUUAAAUGUCAUCUUUUCAAUGAAGCCUUCUUAGACCACUGUAUUUAAAAUUUUAUCUACCUUCCCCAGCACAACCUUGUUUAAUUUUUCUCUCUGGUACUUAACACUUUCUAACAUAGACUGUAAUUUACUUUCUUAUUUUGAUUAUUGUCUGCCUUUAACCACUAGAAUAUAAGUGCCAUGAAGGCAGAUGUAGUGUAGUGUUGCUGUUGUUUUCACGGAUGAUAUAUCUCUGGUGCUUAGGACAGUGCCUGACACAUAGCAAAUGCUCAAACAUUUUAAAGAAUAAAUGAAAUAAAUCUGGCAGUUCAAAGGAAUAAUUGGUCUGUCUAGGAUGCUUGGUCCUUGGCAGUGGACCCUCUCCCUGGGGAAAUAUGCACAUGCAAAUACACAAAAAAACUAUGCCUACAAUUUUAGGAGAUUCCUGGACUCCUUGAAACCCAGCCAUGAACCCCAAGGUAAAAACUCUUUCAUCAAAAGGAAUUUAGCCAUUACCUCUUUGGAUGCUUCUCCAAUCCAGACCUUUGGAAAUCUCAGUGCCACAGAUGUUAUUUACUAUUGAGAGGCUCUCAGAAAAUUCAGAGCCUUGCAAUAUUGUGGCCAAUACAGCAAAGCUGGCAGCACUAGUUCUGUUAAGAAAACAUGAGUGUGUGCCAGCUCCUCCUUCACUACUUCAUCCAACAGUGAGAAUACAGGCUCUGAGCAGCCACAAGGUGAAGCGUAUACCUCCAUCCUGAGAAUUAGAAAAAUUGAGUUCUUCCAGUUUAGCCACGUAGUGAUCAAAUGCUCACAAAUGCAAAGCUCCUACUUUUGGAUAAACUUGGCUUGUGGAAGUCACCUUGGCUGGGUGACAAUGAUUGGCUUGUAGGUUCUGUUCAAGAUUGCUAUCCCUGAGGUAGCAGAAUCCAGGAAACCCCCAAGGGGACUGGUCUACUCCCACAGAAGUGGGUGCAACUGUAGAGCACGCAGGUGAGAAUUGAAGGAUAAGUGAGAAUUGGCCAGGAGAAGGGGGUGAUGGCCGAGGAAGAAAUGGAAGGGAGAGAAGGACAUCCUAGGCAGAGGGUGCAGGGAGGAGCAGGCACAGUGGCAGCAGAGGGAGGGGAUGGUGAACAAAUGGCUCGUGUUCCAUGAGGAUUUGGAGCUUUAUCAGAAAGGUUUUGGAGAGCCAGUGAGGGGAAAUUACAGAAUAAGGCUCAUAUUUAGUGAGAUUUUCCUAGGAAGCAGUGGAGGAUGAACUGGUGGAGGCAAGGAGACCACUCAGUUUGCUUUUGAGUAAUCACCUAGAGAAAUGGUAUGGGCUGACCAAGUUAGUGACAGUGAGGAGAAUGGAAAGGGAAGAGAUCCAAAGAAUAUUAAGGAAGGUGGGAUUAUUAGAUAAUGGACACUGAUUAUGGAGGAUAAAGGAGGGAUAGAGAGAGGGAGGAGGGAGGUUCUAGAAUAACUCCAGGUUUCUGGCAUGGGCAACAAGAUGGAUGCCAGUGCCAUUUCCUUAGGAAGGAAAUACAGAAUGGGGACAUGGGAUUGAGGAGCCUCACUCAACGGGCUCCACUAAAGAAAGAAGCUGUAAUGCUCUAAGGCCUCCACUGUCUGGAAUGAAUUACUGUCUCUCUUCUUCAUCUACAAUGGUACUAGUUAUAGACCAUCCUUGGGAGAACUGAGAACUUGAAUCAUUUUUCUUCAUUCUGUGGUUCAGAUGAAGAACCCCAGUUGACAAAGGUUUAGAUAAUGUUGGUCUAUUUAUGUUAACUCUAUGGGACUAGAUGAGAUUGACCAGAGAAAGUAUAAAAUUAAGACAGUACAAAUGAGAAGGUCAAGAGAUGAGGAGCCUGAGAAAGGGAAUCCAGAGAGGUAGUGGAAAAACCAGGAGGCAAGGAGAUGGUAAUUUUAAGAAGGCGGGAAGGUGUGGUCAAGCUGUUUCCCAAAGUGUGGUUAUUUUGCUACUGGUGGUUCUAGACAUGAUUCUUGGGCAUAUAUGGCCAAACGUUUUAAAUUUGAUAGGUACGUAUUUAUAGCUAUUUCAAGUAAUACAGCACUUAUGUAGAAACAUAAAUAAUAACCAUAGCUCACAGUUACUAGGAGUCCCUGGGUGGCACAAACAGUUAAGUGCUCAACUACUAGCUGAAAGGUUCAUGGUUUGAGCCCACCCCAGAGGCACCUCAGGAGACAGGCCUGGCAAUCUGCUUCCCAAAGGAAAACCCUAUGGAGCAGUUUUAUUCUGCACACAUGGAGCAGCCAUGAGUCAGAAAUGACUCCAUGGCAACUAACUACAACAAUAGUUACUGUUUUUAAGACAGAUACUAUGUAUCAGGCAUUGUGCUUUUUAUGUAUUAAUAUUCUUAUUUAGUCCUCACAACAACCUAUAAGGUAGUUAUUGUUGUUAUCUGCAUUUUAAAGAUGAAGAAAUUGAGGCACAGAGAAGUCAAACAAUUUGCCAAGUUCAUAGAACUAGUGAGAGGCAGAGCUGUAAUUUGAACCCAAGUGGUUUGAUGCCAGGAGUGUUUAUGUUUUGCUUUAAAAUAAAUUCAAGUUGAAAAAAACAAAAAGAAUAUUAAAUAAAGAACAGAACAAGUAGCCUCAGCUAUCACAUAAAUUUUGAAGGAGGCACACGAGUGACAUUUGAGAAAAACGGCCCUGGCUGGAUAGUUACACUGAGAAAUAACGAGAGAGAAGAGAAAUCCAUGAGGGUGGACUAUAUGUAAGCUACCCAUGUACUGAGAAUACUGGACAAUAGGCAAUGUCUGGCUCAUACUGUUCCCUACCUAGGGGCAAGUCAAAUUGCAUCCUUUUAAUUCUGGGCCAUUAGCCCAGGGACAGAAAACCACAACAAACCACAAGAACAGGAUUAACUAUUAACUUUCAAAAAUGUAUUCGUUAUUGGUGGGGGUUAGAUUCUUUAAUAAUAUCCUAAAAGAUUCACUGGGUUCUUUAAAUUUGGCCAAAUUCUUAAACAUUGUUACCAUAGUUAAGUGUAUUAGAAAUGUGCUUAAUUACUUCCUUGAUUGCAUUUUGAACAUUUCAACAGCUGAGUACGUUGUAAAUACUCCAGUAGGAAUUUUUAUUUUUCAUCCUUAUUUCCUUAGGAUCCCAUGAGAAAUACAACAAUCUUGUUUAUUGCUGAAAUAUAUCUUGUUUAAUGUCUUUCAUCUCUGUCCCUGGUGUUUUAACAGCAAAAAUGUUAGUGAAAAUGCUCCUCAGCAGAGGGAGGAAUAAAACAAGAAAGAUGAAAAGGAAAUAUAUUGGGAAGGAAAUGAGAGACACAUCUUCUGGAGUUUCAGGUUUCAGACUGGGAGAGGGCAAAGACAAGGAGAUGGAGCAGACUGGAGUAAGCCAGAACAUAUUAGUCAUGAGAAACUCCCUAGGCCUGGUCAAUAACGACUGACACAGAGGUGAGAGUGGGCAGGUGCCAGGCUUCCCAAGACCCCGAUGUGUCCUACCCUACGCCCCAUCCCCCUUGUUGGUGCUUGCCUGCCUGUUCUCUCCUUCUUUCAAGGUUUUAGUAGCACACGCCUUCCGUAGCAACUUAAGGAGGAAAAGGCUCUGUGCUUUACUGAUCUUCACAGUACUUUUAGCAUGAUCAGAUCACAUCUCAAUCUGUACGUCGUUAACUAUAACUCUCUUAAGGCUGCAUGGAAUCAGCCCCCAAGAUUUCCACAGAUCUAAUUUCUGCAUUAAAGGGAGAGAACACGAUGCGUUUCCAGGCGUCACCAUCUGGUAGGUACGAGUAAGGUCGCGUUAACAGUAAUAACUCAGAUUUCACUGGCUCUUGCCGCCACUGCUGCAACCCAGCAUUCCCACCUGAGAAUCUCCCUCGGGUAGUAUCUGGAGGGUCUCAUCUGUGUUUGCCAGCAUGGCUCUCCUCUCUCCUCGGGUCCUUCCCUUCAGUUUGUAGCUUCUGUGAUUCCAGGAGGUUGGUGAGGAGGGUUGUGGAAUCUCUAGUACCACGGUUUGGUUUGUUUGUUUUUAACUCUUCCUGGUGAAAAAUUUAAAACAUAUGCAAAAGAAUAGAGUAUAAUGAACCCCUGCUGCCAAGUCUUAACCAUUAUCAAUUCUAGGCCAACUGUAUAUCAUCGAACCUCCACUCUGGAUGAUUCUGAAGCGAAUCCUUAAGUGCCCUGUGAUGGAUCUCAAAGAGACAACUAUUUCUAAAAAUGUAACUAGAGCAGAAUUUAAACUCGGGUUUCUGUACGUGCGCUACUGCACGCAUGCAUGCAUUUUCCUGGGAAAUGGCCCAUAGCUUUCAUGAAAUUUUUAGCUGAUCCAGGAGUCUAAAAUUUAAAAGGUCAUUGCGCUAGUAGAACAAUGGGAAGAGAGCCGGUUUGCCUCAGGUCAAUAAUUCUCAAUUAAACAUCUCUUCUCUUUAGCAUUACUACCGUUAUACUCUUGCAGAAAUGUUCAGAAACUUAUUUCUUAAGAAUGACGUUAGCUGUUGUUUACGUAAAGGAGUAAAUUUCUACUCUUAAAAGUUUUUUAGGAUUAAAUAUACUCUCCAAAAGCCAUGAAUGGUAAUUCAAAGAGCAGAAAUACAACAUUAAUUAAAGGCAUGUAUACAAUGGUCAAUAUACAACCACCAUGGGAGCUUUCCAGAUGGGCUCUCAGCCUGUUCAGCGCAGCAAAUCUGAGUCAGAGGACCAGAGGGAGAGCCAGUCAGAACAACUAUUUCACUGAGAGCAUGAGCUUAGAAGCCACAGAAUAUGGGUAUGGAACUGCUCAUAAUGCCAUAACAUAGCAAAAUACAAAGGAAAACAUUACUUUCAGGAAUGCGAUACUAAAAUAGAAAACAAUAAAAAACCAUAAUACUGCCCAUUAUACCUAAGUCACUUUAAUAAAACAGACAUAAAAUAUAGAUUAAUUUUUUUAUUUUCGAAAAUCUGGAUUAAACAGUCAAGCUGCAUGUGCAUAAGCCAAACACACAACAAUAACAACAAUUAAAAAAAAAAAAACCUCAGAACACAUUGCAAA